AUGGCAGCCCGUCUGAUGAGGACAGUGGCCGUUUCCAUCCUGCACCCUUUCCUCCAUCUCCAUCGCUGUCCAGCCCCGUCCCGCGGCCUCUCUGCCCUCCUGCCAGGACCCCUCCGGAACGCAUUUCUGCCUGACAUGGGGCUCCUGAAGCCCCGGUGGGCAGUGCAGCCGCUUCUCUCGGACUGUCCGACACCAGCCCUGCAGCCUGCCCUGGGCUUCAAGACAAAGGGCGCCAUCAAGAAACGCUGCAAGGACUGCUACCUGGUGAAGAGGCGAGGCCGCUGGUUCGUCUACUGCAAGACAAACCCGAAGCACAAGCAGAGGCAGAUGUAG